AUGACUAAAGUAAACAAGGUAGGGGCCGUUUUCGAUUCACCCGAAACUGCUUCCGAUUCUGACAGUGAUAGCUUUUUAUUCAGUUUUCACUCGUCAUCGUCUUCUUUAGUAUCAUCCUCUUCUUUUUCGGAGAAUGAUUUGUGGUCAGAAACAAGUUUUUCAUUUUCAUCAGAUGACGGCUCUGAGGAAAAUGAUGGUGAAACCGAUACUAUGACUUCGGUCGCUACUGAUAAUAAUAUGGAAAACAAAACGCACUUUGAAUUUUUGUGCACACCAAGAGAGAACUCUGCUGAUGAAAAAUGCACUGAAUUGAAUCACAAGGAAAGCAACCCUUUGCAAAAUAAAUUGAAUAAUUCUCAACACAGAAAAACAUCCAAUACUGUUUCUAAUAAAUUUUUUUGUGAUAUAUGUGGUAGUGAUUUUAAUUCUCAGGCUAUUUUCGAUGUUCAUAAAUUAAAUCAUUUAGUCUCUGAAACUUACAUUUGCGAGAUAUGUGAUCAUGUUAGUAAAAGUAGAGAAGAAUAUACUCUUCAUUUUAGACAACAUGGUAGCCUAGAAUUUUCUGGAAAUUUCAGAAAAAGGCACAAAUUUUCCUUUUUCCCAUAUAAGUGUUAUACUUGUGGAAAGAAAUUCCACUUUUUUACCAGUUUUAAACAACAUAUUGAAAAACAUGCUCUUUCACACAUUUGUAAUAUAUGUAAUGAAUCAUUUCCAACCCAGUUACUUUGUCACCAGCAUAAACUGCAGCAUGCAGAAAUUAAAGUCCAUAAAUGUGAAGAAUGUGACAGAAUUUUUCAAAGACCUUACCAACUUACUUUACAUAUGCAAUUUCAUAAAAAUGAGAAAGAAUACCGUUGUAAGGAAUGUAAUACCACUUAUUGCUAUAAAACUAGUCUAAUGAGACAUAUGCGGAUAUACCACUCUCCCGAUUCUCAACAAUUUGAAUGUGAUGUUUGUGGCGAGUUAUUUAAAACUAAAAAAAUGUUAAAUGGACAUGCAAUUUUACAUAAUACUAAAAAACUCAUCCAGUGUCCUGACUGCACUCAAUUUUUUAAAUAUCGUUCGAGUUAUGAAAGACAUCGAUUUAUUCAUCAAAGUUCUGAACCAUUUCGAUGCAGUGCUUGUGGUAAAUUAUUUAAAAGUGAAAGUCUUUUAAAAGUCCAUAAAGCACAGCAUGUUGUAAAUGAUGAAUUUGUAUGCACUAUUUGUGAUAAAAGUUUUGGAUGUCCGUCAUAUUUAGAUCAACAUAUGCGAAUGCAUAAAAAUACAAAGUGCUGCAAUACUGAUAGUUCUGGGUGA